UUCCAUCCGGGUCUGCCCAUCGCCCACUUCCGAUCCACGGCGCCGACUGCAUCCUCUCCUCUGUCGAGUCGCUGCCGAGUUGCCUCCACUCCAACCACCUCCCAUCCUGCCGCUGCACUGUGCGAUCCACCAUGGGCCAGUCGUCCUCCAACUUGCACCCGACCACCUCCAAGGUCUCGACCUCGGGUCAAAACGCAGACUUCAUCUUUGCCGCCUCGGCCAUGCAGGGAUGGCGAAAGAACAUGGAGGACUACAACACCGCCCUGCUCGACAUUGGCAACAGCACAUCGUACUUUGGCGUCUACGAUGGACACGGCGGGUACAAGGUCGCCAAAUAUGCCCACGAGCAGCUCCACCGACUCGUCUCUGGCUCGACCAUGUUCCGACAAGGCCAGUUCUCGGCCGCCCUCAAAUCGUCCUUUCUCGACUUUGACGAGUGGCUCAAGAAUGCAGAAGGCAAGAUGCUUAUCCCUGGCGGUCCCGGAAGCACAUCCAACGUCCUGCUCAUCACCAAGGACUACCACGCAUACUGUGCAAACAUUGGUGACUGUCGGGCAGUCCUGUGCCGGAAGGGCGAGGCCGUAGCGCUGUCGCUCGACCACAAGCCCGGUAGCAAAGGUGAAAUCGACCGCAUCCACAACGCCGGCGGAUAUGUCAAGAACGGCCGGGUGAACGGACGAACGGCCAUAUCCAGAGCCUUUGGCGACUUUGACUACAAGGUGUACCACGGCGACCUCCACGGCAACCCGGAAGAGUUCAUCAUCACCGCCAAUCCGGAUGUCUGCGACUGCCAACUGACUCUCGACGACGAGUUCAUCAUCUUGGCUUCGGAUGGCAUUUGGGACGUGGUGUCCAAUGACAUGGCUGUCGCCUUCGUCCGCGAGCGGCUUGCCAUCCACAACGGCGACUUGGUCAAGGCAGCAGACGACCUUCUGGAUCGGUGUCUUUCGCAAACCAAGGGCCUGGUCGGCAGCGACAACAUGACCGUCAUUCUGGUCGGCCUGCUCAUGGGCCGGACCACGGACGAGUGGCUGUCGCUGGUGACCCCUAAUCUGCCGCGGAUUCAGCUCAGCACAACAUCUACCCUGGUCUGAGUCCAGCACCACCCGCUGUCGUCGAUGCAGGCCUCCUGCCCCGAUGUCUUUUGUUCUCUGCUCGACUGGAAUGGACUGUGCUGCCCCUCCGCAUCUUCCAGGGAUGUCACCAUGGUUGCCGG